GUGUCUGAUGUUGACUGGCAUGCUGCAGGAUGACACAAGUCACCAGUAUAGUGUGCGCCCCGAGGUAAUAAUAGUCACACAGCUAUGCCCCCGUAGCAUCACCGGUCUGCUAAAAAUUCCCUCUUGACCUUCACUCCUGGAAGGCACCACAGGCUCGUCACAAGGCAGAAGCAAGCCAGCGCGGACGGAAACUUUAGAGAAGGAGAGGAAGAGACGAGCGCUUGUGCGGUCUCUCGUCUGGUCACACUUGUUUAAGCAACACCCACCAUCGGCUGGCUGGCUGGAUUGUGCGCUCCAUGGAAACUAUGCCCCGGGAGGACACGGCCAGCUGACACAUAAGACAUGAACGUCCAUGUGUUUCCUUAGGGACCCUUUUUUCCUCGGUUAAAAGGAGCUAGAACCCUGGGUACCCCCUCGGCCUUCUCUGUCAUGGACGGGACGGCCGUGUGCUGGAGUAAGUCCAGCGUCAUCAGCUUCAUCAAGGGUCUGGCCUCGCCCGUGGGGAAUGGCUACAGCAAACCCCCCAUCCCUCCAGUCUGCAGUCCUCAGGGAGAGAAAGGUCCCCCGGUCAUGGUGCCGAUCAGCGUGGACCCGGAGAGCAAACCGGGCGAGUAUGUCCUCAAGAGCCUGUUUGCCAUCUUCGCCACCGUGUCAGAACGCAAGAUACAAAUCAUCAUGGCGGAGCCGCUGGAAAAACCUUUGACAAAGUCUCUCCAGAGGGGUGAAGAUCCUCACUUUGACCAAUUGUUGAGCACCAUGAGCUCUUUGGCUGAGUACUGCCUGCCCUCCAUCCUGCGCACUCUGUUCGACUGGUACAGAAGACAAAACAGCCUGGAGGAGGAGCUGCACGAGUACCGUCCCAGAGCUAACACCAAGUCCAAAAAUGAUGAGCAGCAGAGGGAUUAUUUACUUGAAAGGAGGGACUUGGCCAUCGACUUCAUCUUCUCCCUCGCACUCAUAGAAGUCCUUAAACAGAUGCCGCUGCACCCGGUCCUUGAUGGUCUGGUCAAUGAGGUCAUCGCCGUAGCCUUCAAGCACUUUAGACACAAAGAAGGAUAUCACGGUCCUAACACUGGCAACAUGCACACUGUAGCUGACCUCUAUGCUGAGGUCAUUGGCGUAUUGGCUCAGUCCAAGUUCCCUGCCGUGAAGAAGAAGUUCAUGACUGAGCUGAAAGAGCUGAGACAGAAGGAACAGAGUCCAUACGUAGUCCAGAGUACUAUUAGCCUCAUCAUGGGGGUCAAGUUCUUCCGAAUUAAGAUGUAUCCCGUGGAGGACUUCGAAGCUUCUUUUCAUUUCAUGCAGGAUUGUGCCCAGUGCUUCCUGGAUGUUAAGGACAAGGACGUUAAACAUGCCUUGGCUGGGCUCUUUGUGGAAAUUUUGGUUCCUGUUGCUGCGGCGGUCAAGAAUGAGGUAAACGUCCCCUGCCUGAGGAACUUUGUGGACAGCUUGUACGACACAACCCUCGACCUGUCUGCCAGAAAAAAGCACUCGCUGGCUUUUUACCCGCUGGUGACGUGCCUACUGUGUGUCAGCCAGAAGCAGUUCUUCCUCAACAGGUGGCAUGUCUUCCUCAACAACUGCCUCUCAAAUCUGAAGAGUCGAGACCCUAAGAUGGCUCGUGUGGCGCUGGAGUCUCUGUAUCGCCUGCUGUGGGUUUACAUGAUCAGAAUAAAGUGUGAGAGCAACACCACAACCCAAGGUCGGCUCAGCGCCAUCAUAACAACACUGUUCCCCAAAGGAUCUCGCAGUGUGGUCCCAAGAGACAUGCCGCUCAACAUCUUUGUCAAAAUGAUACAGUUUAUUGCACAGGAAAGACUUGAUUUUGCCAUGAAAGAAAUUAUAUUUGAUCUUCUGUGUGUCGGGAAACCCGCCAAAGCCUUCAAUCUUAAUCCGGAGAGAAUGAAUAUCGGCCUGAGAGCAUUCCUGGUCAUAGCCGACAAACUCCAGCAGAAGGACGGCGAGCCUCCGAUGCCCAACACGGGUUGCACUUUGCCCUCAGGGAACACGCUGCGAGUGAAGAAGACAUACCUGAGCAAAACGCUGACGGACGAGGAGGCCAAAGUCAUUGGGAUGUCCCAGUAUUACCAUCAUGUGCGCAAGGCUAUGGACAACAUACUGAGGUACCUGGAUAAGGAGGUGGGACGCUGCAUGAUGAUGACCAACGCUCAGAUGCUGAACAAGGAGCCUGAGGACAUGAUCACCGGUGAAAGAAAGCCCAAGAUCGACUUGUUCAGGACGUGUGUGGCCGCCGUCCCUCGCAUGCUGCCUGAUGGGAUGUCCAAGACGGAGCUUAUUGAUCUGCUCUCACGCUUGACGAUCCACAUGGACGACGAGCUCCGCCUCAUAGCGCAGAACUCCUUACAAAGCCUGCUGGUGGAUUUCUCCGACUGGCGUGACGACAUCCUGUUCGGAUUCAUCAACUUUGUGUUGCGUGAGGUCCAAGACGCCCACCAAGGUCUGUUGGAUAUGUCGCUCAAACUACUGCUGCAGCUGCUCACACAGUGGAAGGGGACAGUGGCAGCCCCAGGGAAGGUGCACCCUGCCGAGGUGGGUGCCGCCAUCGUCAUGUUACGUAGCGUAUAUUCAACUUGUCUUCCUGAUCUGGAUUGUUUUUGUCUCAUCUCACAGCUGCUCCAGACAAGUUCCACUGCAAAGAUGGUCGCAGAGCGAGGCCAUCAUGCCGCCGUCCUGCACGCUGUGGAAGGUCUCGCCCUCAUGCUGCUCUGCUCCUGUCAGCUCAGCACACGGAGACUCGCUGUCGUCAUCCUCAAGGAGGUCCGCAGCCUCUUUUUGGUCAUCGGGCAGUCUGAGGAUGACGAUAAAGCAAUGAUUGAGGUCAUGGACCACCUCAGCCCUGUGGUGCUGGGGAGCUUAGUCAACGUUGCUGUCUGUGACACGGCUAACACGUCCGCUGGCCACCACGUGGACCUUCAGUGGCUGGUGGAGUGGAAUGCCCGGCUCGUCAGCAGCCACUACGACAUCCGGAGUCCCUCUCACGUUUGGAUCUUGGCGCAGUCGGUGAAGGACCCGUGGGUGCUGUGCAUGUACAGCCUUCUCCGGCAAGACCACCUGCCCAAACACUGCCCCACUGCCCUCAGCUACGCGUGGCCCUACGCCUUCACUCGAUUGCAGAUGCUCAUUCCUGUGGUGGACUCCAAUAACCCGGUCAAUGCAAAAAAAAACAGCACGUCCGGCAGCGCCGACAAUUCCGUGGCCCUGUGGAGGAACUACUUGAUCCUUUGCUUCGCUGUAGCCAAGCCCAGUGUCAUGAGCCCCGGCCACCUGAGAGCAUCGACAUCCGAGAUCACCACGGCCACGCCCGACAGUGCCGUGGGCUAUGAUAACAAGGUAGUUGCAGGCUGCUCUUCUGUUGCUUGGCUCCUCAAGCAGUUGGUUCCACACAUGAGGGCGGAGAGCGUGGAGCUGACGGAGUCAUUAGUUCUGGGAUUUGGCCGCGCCAAUUCCCUUGUCUUCAGGGAACUUGUGGAGGAACUUCAUCCACUCAUGAAAGAGGCACUGGAAAGAAGACCAGAGAACAAGAAGCGACGCGAGCGUCGGGACCUCCUGCGACUUCAGCUGUUGCGCAUCUUUGAGCUACUUGCUGACGCUGGCGUCAUCAGCGACAGUACAAACGGUGCUCUUGAACGUGACACCCUCGCCCUCGGUGCUCUCUUCCUUGAGUACGUGGAUCUGACCCGUAUGCUUCUGGAAGCUGAGAAUGAUAAAGACGCAGAGAUUCUGAAGGAUGUCCGAGCUCACUUCAGCGCCAUGGUAGCCAACCUCAUCCAGUGUGUGCCAGUGCACCACAGACGCUUCCUGUUUCCUCAGCAGAGCCUGCGGCAUCAUCUCUUCAUCCUCUUCAGCCAGUGGGCGGGACCCUUCAGCAUCAUGUUCACCCCUUUGGACCGCUACAGUGACAGGAAUCACCAGAUCACACGAUAUCAGUACUGUGCCUUGAAGGCCAUGUCUUCUGUACUGUGCUGCGGCCCAGUCUUUGACAACGUGGGCCUCUCUCCAGAUGGAUACCUCUACAAGUGGCUGGACAACAUUCUAGCCUGCCAGGACCAGCGGGUGCACCAGCUUGGAUGUGAGGUCGUCAUCCUGCUGCUGGAACUCAAUGCAGACCAGGCCAACCUCUUCAACUGGGCUGUAGGUCGCUGCUACACAGGCUCCUCCCAGCUGGCCUCAGGUUGCUUCAAAGCCCUUGCGACAGUGUGUGGGAGCAGAAACUACCCAAGCGAUGUCGUGACGCUGCUCAGUCUGGUACUCUUCAAGGCAUCGGACGCCAGCAGGGAGAUUUAUGAGAUUGCCAUGCAGCUGAUGCAGAUUUUAGAGGCGAGGUUGUUUGUGUACUCCAAAAAGAUUGCAGGCCAGAAGCCCAGCAACAUCCUUUACGGCACCCACGCUCCACUGCCGCCUCUCUACAGCAUCUCCCUUCCACAGCUGUCCAGCCAGCUGGCCAGGAUGUACCCCGAACUCACGCUCCCUCUCUUUUCAGAGGUUAGCCAGAGGUUCCCCACCACCCAUCCCAACGGGAGGCAUGUUAUGCUGACCUAUCUCCUUCCCUGGCUUGGCAACAUAGAGCUGGUAGAUAGCGGUCUGCUGGUCCCGGCCUUCGCACCAUCUACCUCUGAUCAUGACAUAUCUUUACGGGGGAGCGGCUCCUCUUCGUCCCAGCAGCUGAGGGGCAGCGGGUGGGGCUCCCUGCAGGCCACAUCCAUGGUGCUCAACAAUCUCAUGUACAUGACUGCCAAAUAUGGAGAUGACUUAGCUGGGUCUGAGAUGGAAAACGCCUGGAAUGCCCUGGUGUGCAAUGAGAAGUGGAACAACAACCUGAGAACCACGCUGCAGUUUCUCAUCAGCUUAUGCGGCGUCAGCAGUGACAACACCCUCCUGCCAUUCAUAAAGAAAGUGGUGAUCUACCUUUGUCGAAACAACACCAUGCAAACCAUGGAGGAGCUGAUAUUUGAGUUGCAGCAGACAGAGCCAGUCAACCCCGUGGUGCAGCACUGUGACAGCCCUCCUUUUUACCGCUUCAGCGCCAUCAGCAAGGCCGCCGCCAUUGCAGCUUCAGGCACCGCAUCCAGCAGCAACACUGUUGUGGCAGGCCAGGAGAGCUUUCCAGAUGCAGAAGAUAGCAAGGCAAAGGACAAUGAAGAGAGGCUCAGCCACGCGACACGAGCUCACAAUCGUGUGGAGUCCCGCUACAGCAACAGCUCAGGAGGAUCGUACGACGAAGAUAAGAGUGACCCUCUGCCUCCUUAUGCUGACUGGCUGAUGGUUGUAAUGGAAAGCAACCAGCCCCAUCCUCUACCUAUGCCUCUAAAUGGCGGCUGUUGGGCUCCGCUGGUGGAUUUUCUGCCCGAGACCCUCACCCCCAGAGGCCCCCUGCACAGGUGUAAUAUAGCAGUCAUCUUCAUGACAGACAUGGUAGUGGACCACAGUGUGAGGGAGGACUGGGCCUUGCACCUCCCCUUGCUGCUGCAUGCCUUGUUUCUGGGCAUGGAUCACUACCGUCCAGAGGUGUUUGAGCACAGCAAGCGUCUCCUCCUCCACCUGCUCAUCUCCUUGUCCUGCCACAACAAUUUCCAGGCUGUGGCCUCAGUGCUGCUGCAGACGCGUGAGCUCCACGGCGCCAAGACCCUCACUUGCAAGGCUGGCCUUCAGCCUGAGUCUUUAACAUCAGGAGGUUUGGACUUUCUAAGGGAGGGUCAGGCAUCCCCUGUGCCAGACUCCGGUCUGAGUUCCUCCUCGACGUCAUCCAGUCUGAGUUUGGUGGGCAGCACCAGCAACCUGCCCGAGAUGGCACACGAGGUGGACAAGCUGGCAGCCACGGCCACCACGGACGAGAAGACGAACAGGCUCAUUGAGUUUUUAACCACAAGCUCCUGCGAACCCCUGUGGUGCCACGAAGACAUUUCACCCAAGAAUCAAAUGUCCAGAAGUACCAGCCAGUUGACAAACUUCCUACGCCAUGUGGUGUCUGUCUUCAAAGAAUCAGACGUUCAUCUGGAGCAGCGGCUAAGCGACGUGGCUCUGCACACGGCCCUGUGCAGCUCCUCACGCCACUAUGCCGGACGCUCAUUCCAGGUGUUUCGCGCCCUCCGCCGGCCCGUCUAUGUACACGCUGUAUCGGAUUUGCUCUCGAGGCUGGUGGAGGUUGUUGGAGAGCACGGAGAGGAGGUGCAGGGCUAUGUGGUGGAAGUGUUACUCACGCUGGAAUCUGUGGUAGACAACUUGGCCGAGUGCCUCAAGAACAAUGACCUCAUGGCCGUCUUGACCAGAGCAUCAUCUCCAGAUCUCCUCAGCACGUUGAAGCUGAUGUCCAACAGGAAAAGCACCGGCCAGCUCAACCUCUGCAGAGGAGAGCGUAGUCGACACCAGAGAAGCUCUUCCGUCCCCAAGAAGUUUGGCGAGAUGGACAGGUGGUCGGACCCCCCUCGCAGCGCCACCCUGGACCGCAUCCAAGCCUGCGAGCAGCAGCUCCUGUUGGGAAAGAGCCGCAGCAGCCCCUCGUCCUCCUCCAAGGACAACAUCUCAGACCCCAGCAACAUUAACCAUCCCAGUAACCUCCUGGCCACCGUCUUCUGGGUGGCCGUGUCGCUGAUGGAGUCGGACUUUGAGUUUGAGUACCAGAUGUCCCUGAGGCUGCUCAGCAAGCUGCUGGGUUACGUGUCGCUGGACAAGCCGGAAAACCGGGAGAAGCUUGAGAAGCUGCAGAGCCAGCUGCAGUGGAGCAGCUUCACUGGGCUCCAGCAGCUCCUGCUCAAGGGCUUCACGUCUGUGGCCACCACCGACCUCACGCUGCAGCUCUUCUGGCAGCUCACGCCCGUGUCGCGGGUGGCUGUGGUGGACACUUCACAAGUCAUCGGGUUCCCCUUGAAUGUCCUCUGCCUGCUUCCACAUCUGGUGCAGAAUUUUGAUAGCCCCACCCACUUCUGCCAGGACGUUGCUGAGAGGAUAGCUCAGGUGUGCCUGGAGGAGAAGAAGGACAAACUAUCCAACCUGGCCCAUGUCAUGACUCUUUACAAGACGCGCUCCUACACCCGAAAUUGCUUCUCGUGGGUCAACGUGGUGUGCCGGUAUCUUCACGAGGCCUUCUCGGGCGUCACCCUCAGCCUGGUCACUUACAUGGCGGAGCUGUUGGAGAAAGGUCUGCCCAGCAUGCAGCAGACCAUUUUGCAAAUCAUCUACAGUCUGCUGAGUCACAUGGACCUGAGUGGAAUUCAAGCCAGGCCCUUCAACACAGAGGUGCUGAAGACCAUUGAGAAGUUUGCCCAGAGCGUCCACUGGAGGGAAGCUCUGAAUAUUCUGAAGCUGGUGGUCGGUCGAUCGGCCAGCUUGGCGCAGCCCUCUGGCGACCUCUCCUACGAGGACAUCAGCAGAGUGUGGGACCGCUCCUCCAAGGCCUUGCCUGGGAAAACACUCCACUUCCACUUUGACAUAUCUGAGACGCCCGUGAUUGGCCGGCGCUACGACGACUUACACGCUUCCCCGGGGAGAGACGGGAAAAGUAGAACCACAGCAGUGACCCGCAGCACCUCCUCCAGCUCCUCCGGAUCCACCUCCAACAACGUGCUGGUGCCCGUCAGCUGGAAGAGGCCUCAGUCUUCCCAGAAAAGAACUCGAGAGAAACUUGUCAACGUUUUAUCUCUGUGUGGACAAGAAGUUGGCCUCACCAAAAAUCCUUCAGUGAUUUUCUCGAGCUGUGGAGAACUGGACCUCAUGGAGCACCAGCCCAGCCUGGUGUCUUCUGACGACGGGACCCGAGAAGCGGACACGGUGGAUGACACCGCCUCGGAGCAGCAGUUCAGAGUCUUCAGGGACUUUGACUUCUUGGAUGUGGAACUUGAAGAUGGAGAGAGGGAGACCGUGGACAACUUCAACUGGGGCGUGCGCCGACACUCAGUGGACAGCUUGGACCAGAGGGACCUUCACGCCCUGGAGGAGAGCCAUCUGUCCAGCAGCAUGCCCAGCCUGAGCCACAUCACGCCUGAGGAGGACUCCGACGAGUCCUCUGAGGAGGAUUCUCUCUCUGCCAGCCAGAUACUCCCCCACUGUCAGCUUGCCGUCAGCCUCUCCCCAACCUCUGAGAUCAAUAACAUGGACUCCUUUUGUAACACAGCCUCACUUGACUCCACGCCGCCGAGCUCCAAAAAUCCCAGUUUCGAGCUCCAACUGCCAGAGGACUUGAAGCAGCGGCGUGACUUCUUAAAAGAGGAUGAAGAUGUCCCCGAGGACAACACGUCACUCCCCAUCAGCCAUCUUCCCCCUGACUUUCACUGCGGGGACACCUUAGUGCUGGACGCCGCUCACGAUUUCUCCAAAGAGCUGGACCUUGACAGCUGCUUGGCCAGUCUCGCCGAGGAGGAAACAGACGACACGGCCGAGUCGGGCUCAUCUCCGCCGCCCUCGCCCUUCUUCUCAGCCAUCCUGGCGGCGUUCCAGCCGGCGGUGUGCGACAACGCCGAGGAGGCUUGGCGGACUCACCUCAGCCAGCUGGUGUCCGACACGGACGGCUCCUGUGCGGUCUACACUUCCCAUGUGUUCUCCUCCCUCUUCCAGAGUCUCCAGACCAAAUUUAGCUCCCUGACCUGCGAUGCCGUCAGUUACCUUGGCGACAGCCUGAGAGGAUUAGGAUCAAAGUUCCUGAGGUCAUCCCAAAUGCUGACGUGUGCCGAGUGUCCCACAUUGUUCAUGGAUGCAGACACAAUUACGUCCUAUGGACUCCUGGAGAAAGUGAAGUUCAGCGUGUUGGAGCUUCAGGAGUAUCUGGACACUUACAACAGCAAAAAGGAGGCAGCGCUGACAUGGCUCGGCAACUGCAAGGCCACGUUCCCCAGAAGUCCCGGCAGUGCUGUGAUCACACGUCAGCCAGUUGAGCAGGAGGAAACGCAAGUGGAAUCUCUGGCUCAACUGGAGCUCUGUCAAAGACUCUACAAACUCCACUUUCAGCUCUUACUGCUUUUUCAGUCCUACUGCAAGCUGAUUGAGCAGCUCCAUGCAAUAAGCUCUAUUCCCAAACUAACCAAUGCGUCCCGAGAGCUGACGGAGCUGAGGAGCCACCUGAGAGCAGCCUUGGUGGCAGAUGGUGACAAAGCAGCUCAUCACUCAUCUGAGCCUUGCACCUUCAGCUCCUCCGAGGCGGCUGUGCAGGCCAUCCUUGAAGCUCUGAAGAGCGGCACCUUUGCCACGGCUAUUCACUAUAUUAGGGAGUGCAGAGCAACGUGGCCUCAUGACAUCUUCGGCAGCCAUUGUGAAGAUGAAGUCCAGACUUUACUGAACAUCUACUUCCGCCAUCAAACCCUGGGUCAGACGGGGACAUUUGCACUCGUGGGCUCAAAGCAGGAUUUGACGGACAUCUCCACCAAGUUGAUGGAACUCAACGGAGCGAUGCGGGACAUGAUCCGGCAAGCGCAGGGCUACCGAGCCAUCACGGCUUUCCUUCCGGACGCGAAGGUCUCGGGAUCCAGUCUCUGACGGGAGACCUCCAGCGGGUGCUUGGCCUCCAGUCAUGCCUUCACAUCACAAUGUUCUGACGCAUUCACACACCGCAGCAAUAUUGAGAGGUUGCCGUCAGUUUUUAUUGCACUCCUGGAUGCUGUCACACAGCGACAAUGUUCACGUUUCACAACAUAGCGUACCAAAGCUUUGCAACUCAUCUUAAACUGUCAAAGGGGAAUUGUGCAAUUUUUCACACACGUGGAAGGGUUUUACUGUACAGUGAAAGAAUGUAUUUGAAUACCACAGGAAAACAUAAUAAGGGAGGCUUGGUUACUUUGUGUGCUUGAGUGUUUUAGAUGGGACUGAUAGAUGUACAUAGUAGUUCAACUACUUGGAAAUGCUGCAGAUCUACUGUCAUGUCACAUCACUUCACAUCUUACUGUACAUUGCAGCUUUUCAGCACAUGACAAACUAUUUAUAUUUGCAAGACAAAAAAACAUGCUUUUAACUGUCUAGAUUGAAAGGAAACUAUUUUAUUCAAGCUUAUUUAAGCUUGCAAAUUUGACCAGAGUCAUGUUUAACAACUAUUUUCAUGGAAUAAUUGUACAUAGAGCUAUUUGAGGCUUUAUUGGCGUCACAAGAUUGUAUUUUUAUGAACUUGCAAUUUGAGGAGAUAGUUACAUUAUUUUUAAAGCUUUCCAGAGGAAUUGUCAGUAUGGUGUGUCUGAUGUUGUACAUAGUCUUGCCUUUGCAAUGUAUUGAAAGCUGUGUUUGUGUAACAUUAACAAAUAAAACAUACAUUUGAUAAAUAUUGCUCAUA